AUGCGGGAAGAUCAACCGUCAGGUGCAGUCGACGAUGGGGCGGCCUCGUCAGACAGAGCCGAUUUUGACGAGUCUGUUAAUAUCUUUGGCGAUGAACAUCAUAACAAUGACCAGGCGCAGACAGUCUGGGGAACCGUGAAAGAGAUCUUUGUGAACAAGGACGCGUGGAAGAUCCAUCUCAUCAUACUGUUUGUUUAUGCGGGAAUGCAAGUCGUACAUAGCUACUACAAGAUCUAUGGACAAACGUUUAUCAAGAACGACACGUAUUUGGGUGUAGUUGGCUCCAUAGCAUCCGUGUUCAACAGUUUUUGUAGACCGCUCUGGGGAGUCGUGUUUGACAAGAAAGGUUUUAAGUUCACCAUGACGAUCAUCUUGGCAAUAUACGUAACGCUGUCUUGCACCAUCAUGUAUACAGAACAGAUCACUGCCCACAACCAGGCCUUCGGGGAGGCCUGCUUCAUGAUCUGGAUAUGUGGAAUGUACGCCAUGUUUGCAGGUCUGUGGUCAGUAUGCCCGACUGUCUACAGUAAACUGUUUGGUCCGAACAACAUGGCAGUGUGCCUGGGAUAUCAGUUUCUUGCGCUGGUUUGUAUCGUCUCAAACAUAUGGAUUUCCUAUUUAAAAAAAGGGCUGUAA